AUGUCCAAGGUCAUAUUCCUAGAGAGCAAACAUCCACAUUCUAGAAGAAAUGCUCAAGAGCAAUCUACGGCUAAAUACCGCAAGAUCCAAAGUUCCUUGACCGAUGACCGCAUUGACGCUAAAUAUCAAGAGUACACCGAACAUGAAUUGAAAGCAAUGAGGAUGGUCUCCGUUCGGCUUAAGCACGA